AUGGCUGAUAGCACCAUAGCAAGCCCCAAGGAUAUCUCUUCUCCUCCGAGAAUACAAUCUAGCCAUGCUGCAAGUCAAACAGCCUCAUCCACCAGGGUCUCCGCGGCGUCGACCUUCUCAGUACCCGUAAAUAAGAGCUUUUCAUUUCUCCUCCGAACAGACAUCUACCACCCGCUCUCCCAGCUAGAAGUGCCGUCCGCAUUUCGUUCAGAGUUUCCAGUACUACCCCCGAACCCGUCACUCCAAUCAACCUUGUCAAUACUAGACGCUUUGCUGAACGACGGACACUUUCUCCCGGCGGCGCAUUUCUCAGCCCUAAUACUGACAUCGCCCAUCAUAUCAGCGAAUGACCACGUAACCAUAUUCUCGCUAUUUUACACCCGCCUAGCAUGUCUUGAACUGUGCGGGAAUACUCUACUGGCGGCCCAAGAAGCCAAAGCUCUGGAAGACCUAAGCUCCGCAUUCUAUUAUCUCGACAGCGACGCUACAGGCGACCGCUCCCACCAUAUAGUACCAUGGCCGCUCCGCGUUCUAGCAGUCAGGCUACAGAGUAUCGGGUUUGGCGACGCGCGAAGAGGGAUCGCCGGGCUUUAUGAACUCAGCCUGGAAGCUAGAAAACAAAUCUUGCGCCCGGAGAUUGGUUAUGAGGAAAAGAAUAUGUGGAAGGAACGUCUCAAUGAUUUGGGAGUUCGAGUGGUCAAUACAUUAAUAGAGAUGGGUGAUCUGGAGGCUGCACGGCGGUCUUUAGCAAAUAUGAACACACCCCUGGAAAAUGACUUGGCAGUUAUGAGAAUGGCCCUUCUACACCUUAGAAUCGGGGAUCUGGAAGCGGCAAGGCUACUGCUGGAAACUUCGCCGCGCGCGGGAGGUGGCAUUUUGGGUCCGUUGUUGAGCAUGGCAGAGGGUCGAUUUGCAGAUGCUGUUACUGAGUGGAGGAGCCUCGGUGAAAGCCAUCUUGGGAAGGAGAACGAAACCGUAAUAACGCAAAAUUUAGCAGUGUGCCUCCUUUACAUCGGGAAAUUGAAUGAAUCUAAGGAAAUACUCGAGUCUCUUAUCGGGAACAACAAGUCUUUCCAGAGUCUCACGUUCAACCUAGCAACAAUUUAUGAACUUUGCUCAGAAAAUUCAGGAAAUCUCAAGGUUGGUUUAACAGAGCAGAUCUCAAAGCAGCCACCAUCUAGGGAUAUCAACUGGGAACGGCCAAAUGCAAACUUUAAAAUAACGAAUUGA